UUUGGAAUAUCCUUCUCCUCUUCCCAUAAAAAUCCCCCCAAUUCGUCCAGGGGUUGCCGGCGUAGAUUGGUUGGCUCCUUGUGUUGAAAAAGCUUUGAUAAUGCAUAAAAGCAAGCCAUUACAGGCCGAUUUGGAGGGGUUUGAGAAGCUCAAAGCUCUAUUAGAAGAGAGUGACCAGUGUACUGUUUGGAAUUGGCUGUUUUAGGUUUUUGGUACACAAAGGUGUGGAACAAACCAUUGAAAUGCCCUCUGUGGCACAAGUUCAAGCAGGAAUCACCAGAAUUACUAUCAUGAAUGAAAUGGAGGCUGAAGUCAAGGAAGAGAAUGUAAGGGAGGACAGCGGAACUCACACCGUGUCCGUGUCUACGGCUUAUAUAACCUCAGUAAAUCAGAGGGGUAGAAGUGAUAAAUUGGAAGUAAAAUUCGAAGGAUUCGAUAUAAGGUCUGAUUUACUCCCAAUUUUGCAAAACAUAUGGUCAAUACAUGGAAACAUAGUGGAGAAUAGCAUCAUCCGCAAUGGUGACUUGAUUGCCAAGGCAUUAGAGUCAUUAGCAAAUGUGAUACUUAUUCUGAAGGGUAACUCUGUCAGAUCAUUGAAUGAUUGCCAAAUCGAUUAUUUGAGCGCUACAUUGUCUGACCUGAGUUGUAUUCGUUUCAAAGUAGACUGGCUUGUUCCUUGUGUUGAAAAGACUAUAGAACUGCACAAGAGUAAGCCAUUGUUGUAUUCUCUGAACAAGCUUGGCCAAACCAGAUCACAAGCUGCAGAAAGAAGAUUGAAGCUUCUUGGAGAGUUGGACGAACUUGAUAAAUUGGAGAAAACUUUGCAAGAAGAUAUGGAAAAUGUUUCAAGGAAGCUUCCUUUUAAUGGAGAUGUAGAUUUGGACCAAAUUCUUGGAGGGGGAUUGCCAUGAAUUCUUGGUUACUAGUUUGUACUUCUAUGUAUCAAUGUAUGAUGUAUCUGAUAUGGCAUUGUUCCAUUGCUUUAUUUAUUUAUAUGUGCAGAGGAUUGGAAGGCCUAGGUGUUUUACUUUCUGUUCCAAUCCCUUAUUUUGGUUGUAUAUUGUAUUUCUUAUUUUAUUUAAUGGUCUUGAGAUCAUGUUGCCACUUGCCACUUGCCAAUGCACAA